UAACCUAGGAACUGUUCUAAGAAGCAGUUGGAGCAGUCGGACUGUAAUUCGUGAUACACCGCCUUCAUUGUAUACAGGAGUUUAUCUCCUUUUAAAACAACCUCGUAAAGAGACGAGUAAAUUAGAAACUACAGCGUAAGCUUGAGAAGAGUCCGAUGGAUGAAGAGGAUGACUGUCCAGAGCUGGUUCCUAUUGAGGAGAAGAGCACGACACCUGCAGCUCAGAUCCCUGUCACCAUCAUCACUGGUUACCUGGGUGCUGGGAAGACGACACUCUUGAAUUACAUUCUGACUGAGCAGCAUAACAAAAGAAUAGCAGUAAUACUCAAUGAGUUUGGUGAAGGCAAUGCUUUGGAGAAAUCCCUGGCAGUGAGUCAGGCAGGAGAGCUGUAUGAAGAGUGGCUGGAACUCAGGAAUGGUUGCCUGUGCUGCUCAGUGAAGGAUAAUGGCCUGAAAGCGAUCGAAAAUCUGAUGGAAAAGAAAGGGAAGUUUGACUACAUUCUUCUUGAGACAACUGGUUUGGCAGAUCCAGGUGCGGUCGCCUCAAUGUUUUGGGUUGAUGCUGAACUAGGAAGUGAUCUUUACCUGGAUGGCAUUAUUACCGUUAUUGAUGCAAAAUACGGAAUGCAGCAUCUGAAUGAAGAGAAACCAGGAGGCUUGAUAAAUGAAGCUGUAAGGCAGAUAGCCCUCGCUGAUCUGACAAUAAUUAAUAAAACGGAUUUGGUGAACGAGGCUGAGCUUGAUCAGCUUCGAGACACGGUCCGGUCUAUUAACGGUCUCGUCAGGAUCCUGGAAACACAAAGGUCUCGGGUCGACUUAUCUCAGGUGUUGGAUCUGCAUUGUUUUGACACCAAAGAUAGUGUGAGGCUGGCAGAGAAACUACAGUUAAUGCAAACAACACACGCACAUCUAGAUAAGGAUAUAUUAACAGUUACGUUUGAAGUACCUGGAAGUGUCUCCGAGGACCAUUUAAAUGUCUUUAUUCAGGACCUUUUAUGGGAAAAGAUGUUUAAGAACAAAGCAGGACUCUCGAUGAAUGUCAUUCGCUUAAAGGGCAUCUUGUCUUUGCGUGGUAAGCAGAAGAAAGCAAUGCUGCAGGGCGUACAUGAGCUUUAUGAGCUGGAUGAAACAUCUGAGGCCUGGACAGAUGGAGAGCCCAGGGUCAAUCGACUGGUUUUAAUCGGUCGCCAUUUGGAUGGAGACAUUUUAAAGAAAGAGUUCCUCUCUUUAGUCUCCACUGGAGAGGACUGAUGGAAUAAAAGCAUCAUAAAGUAGGAGUGUGGAUCGAGGACUGGUUUUUGCCACCCAUAUCCUAUUACACAUGAUUAUAGACAAACUAAAGCUGACCACAGACCAGCACUACUAUUCUGAGAUGCUUUUAUACAAGCAGACUGUAAUUUCAUGUUUCCAGUCAUAGUUUAAGGUGCUAUGCACAGAAAUUUGCACUCCCAUCCUUGGUGCUCAUGACUAUGAUUAAGGUACUCGUAUCAGAAGCAUGCAAAGGACCUUGUAUUAGUGAGCUCUUGUGUGGUUACAGGAGUAUCUCUAGUCUGUAAAGUUGUAUCUUUUAAUAUGUGUGGUUUUGGAUGAAAAACAAAAGCUACACUCAACACUAUAUCAUGCUUCCUUUUCGAAAAAUGGUCCUUCAAGGUUUUUUGGAUAGUAAGGGUUCUUAGGUGGCUAUAAAUCUUCCUAGAACCCUCUCUUACGUAGAACUUUUAAGAAUUCUAUAUUCGGCAUUUCUUUCUGAGAGAAUACAGUACUUGAAUAACUGCUGUCAAACAUGCAGCCAUCAACUUUCACGGAGCUGCAGUGGACUGAUACCUGUACACGCAUCUGCUAUAGUUUUUAACUAUUGUUAGGUUGUUUGACACUUGUAUUAGUGAGCAAAUUUUAAUUAUUGGAAAUUACUGGGUUUAAUAUUUCUUUAACUAUAAAGAAAUUGAUUCAAUAAAUAUUUAUGUAAAUGUUU